AUGCAGCAAUCUCCCUCGAGCCCUCAGCACACAAAAGUCCGAGAUGUAUGGAAUCACGCGUCUUUCCUUGUCAAAGUUGCCUAUGACUUGGAAUGGGCCGCGAGACAGUUUGAGUUGUUAGAGAGCGAGGCUCCAAACCGUCAGAUCAAGGCGAUAUUGCUGCUCAACAUUGGCAUAACAUACACACUCCUGGCGGAUUACCAACGCGCUGAGAAAGCUUUCCGAAAAGUCCUUCCGUUACAUCCAUUCACAGCCCCACUUGCCCACUUCUUCCUUGGUUUGGUACGGUUCGAGCUGACCGACUACGAACAGGCGCAGAUCAGCUUCAAGCUAUGCGCUUGCGUUCUCCGACAGACCGAUUGGAACCGCGAUUAUCGAUGCCUUGGGCUUGAUUUCACCUUAUCACAUCUCUUGGUCGUGGAGAACGAAGAAAUCGCCGCGUACGAAUGGACGCUCAAGCAGAAGGGACGAUACGGUUAUCGACUGCUGAACAGACUGCCUGCACCAUCAACAUUUGGCACUACUGUUCUGAACGACUUGCCUGAAUUUUACUACAAGAGGGUCUCAAGGUCAACUACGGAUUGCUCAGCAACUUCUUUGAGCAGUGCUUCGAGCUCGUACUCAAGGAACGUUUCGUCUAUAAUGAUGGCCCCCGACAGACAGAUUCUGGAGCUAGUUUCAAGUCUCAGGACGCCUACUCCCCCCUUGAUUCCUCGAAGACCCGUUCCACGAAGACCCAUGGUACCUCGUACAGCACAGGCAGAAAGAUCAGACUUGAGCUCGUUGGCGCAGUUCCUAAAGUACACUGGACCGGACACGGCUCGAGUAGAGAGGACGAACAAUCCUUCAGUGCCACUCAUGUCUGCUGCUAGGCCAAACAAUGCUUCACGUAUGGGCAGCCGCUUCAGUUCAUCUUCCGAGGAUCUUAAUCAAGAUCCGACCCCUUCAGAUCGUAAUGCGAGUCGAGUAGAAAGCAGCGGACUUUUUCGCAAAUUCUCAUCCCGCACGCUAAAGAAGUAA